GAUCGAGCACAGCUUAGCACCAAAAAGUACAGAGCAGGUACAGAGCGUGUUUUUGUUUUUGCUCACCGAAUUGAUUUUGAUCUGCUAUUUAUGGUACUGGAAACGGGCACGAUUUUCACAGACAGGUUUUUGGCUUGAUCACAGAUUUUAGAAAAAAUGACCUGGCAUCCCUGAUCAGGUCUUCUCCUCGGUCUUGUGUUAGCUUUGAAAGGAAUCUGCUAUAUAAUUUAAUUAAAGAUGUCAAGUUGUAAACCAGUCGAUAGCUCGAAAGAGGAUUUUCGAAAAUAUUUAGACCGUAAAGGUGUGUUGGAUGCAAUAACCAAAGUAUUGAUUAAAUGCAAUUUGGAUCGUCCGGAAAAUGCAAUUGAAUAUUUACUAGAUAACCUUGGGGAAAAACUUAAAGACAAAGAUACAAUUAACAGACUAGAAAACGAAUUGAGAAACGCUCGAGAAGAAAUUGAAACACUCAAACGCGAUAAAUUUCUUCGAAGCUCUAACGCCGCUAAGGAAUCCAUUGUGGACACCACUGAUGAUCUUGUUCGAGAAACAGAACAGCAAGAAGCUGCAUUGGCGAACAUUGAACAUAAGAAAACAACUGAAAGUUUUCACAAAGAAGAUUACGCCACUAAAACAGCAGAAAUAGUAAAAACUAAUCAACCCGUUUGUGCUGACUCUGAGUCAAAUGUAAUGUAGAUUCGAAAUAUUGAUAGCUGUAAAAAUUUCAACUUCUAAUAACUACGAAUGAUAA